AUGAAGAGGAAGGAACAGCGCAGACAGGGCAUGGAUAAAGCUGGGGAGAAAUUUAAAGCAGUUUGCACAGAAGAUAACAAGUUUGAGAUAAAGAUUGUGACUGCUGGACAAAAUGUGACCCUGACAUGUCCUCGCCAGAAUUCUGAUCUCUACCAAGAAACCUUUUACUGGAUCCGCCUUGUUUCUGGAAACUGGCCUGAAUUUCUUGGAGCAACAUUUAACUUUGAGUUUGAUGAUGUUUCUAAGAUUCCUCGCAUUGAGACAAAACAAGAGCAAGGAGAAUUUCUUCUUCAUAUUAAUGAAGCUCAGCAAAAUGAUAUUGGUCUUUACUACUGUAUUAAAAUCAGACAACUUGACUUCAUCUUUCUGAAUGGAACCUUUCUACAAAUUAAAGGACAGGAAUCAGAUGUAACUGUUGUCCCUCUGAAGUCUCCAUCUGGUCCAGUACAUCCAGAAAACCCAGAGACUCUACAGUGUUUGGUUCUCUCUAACUCUGAGAGGAAAACAUGUCCAGCAGAUAAUAGGGUGUACUGGUUCAGAGCUGGGUCAGAUAAUAAUCAUCCCAGUUUACUUUAUCUCCAAGGAAACAGUGGAGAUGAAUGUGAGAAGAGUCCUGAAGUUCCCUCUGCACAGAAAUGUUUCUACAACUUUCCUGAGACCUCUGAUGCUGGGACUUAUCACUGUGCUGUGGCUGCAUGUGGACAGAUAUUAUUUGGAAAUGGAACAAAACCUGGGGGUCCCAAUUUACUGGAGUUCUCCAAAAUAUUUCUUCCUACAUUGUGCUCGGCUUUGGUAAUAAGUCUGGCUGUAAUAUCUUGGCUCAUUUAUAAAAUCAAGAAGAAAACGUGUAGUUGUUGCAAAGAACCUGUACCAAGCGUUGGUGGUAACCAACUACAGCAGAGGGAAGAGAAUGCUUUGGUUUAUUCAGCACCCGCGUUCAACAGGAACAAAGCUAAGAAAGGAGAAAGAAGGAAUGUAAAAACGGCGCAGGAGGAGACGGUCUACACUGAUGUUAAAACACUUCGAUAGAACUUUGCUCUAAACUGGUGAAGUAAUUGUUUUCUAUUUUUGAAACUGGUGGUAGAAAUAUAUAUUUUUUCUAAUUAAUUCUGCAUUAUGUAUCGUUUCUACAUAAUUUUCUAUGCAGGCUGAUAGAGGUUCAUUUAUUUUUAUCUUGGUAUUUUGUAAAAUGAAGUCCAACCCAUUGUUUCUCAAUCUGACUUUCUUUUGAAAUAUUUAUUGCAAUUAGAAUUCAAUUCCAGCUUCAUAUAAAAAUGCUUUCUAAUUAGUUAACUGCUUAAAGGUACAACAUUGUGUGAUCUUUUAUUCUUCCAUUCUGUUUUAGGCAUUUGCAUAUUUUUUUAUUUUUUCUAACUUAUGCACUAGAGAACAAAUAUCGACAAGACAAAAAGCCACAUUUUACAAAACUGGUCAAUUUAUGUUUAAUUUGUUAUUCAAAACUUAUUUGGAAAUUAAAAAAACAGAAAAUGCAGUAAAUAGACAAAAAAAUUCUAUAAAAGAUUUAAAAAAGUACCUCCUGUAAUGAAGGUUUACUGUUUAAUCAUCCUUACUAGGAUGCAUUUAAUGAGUAGUGGUCCCAAGGUAGUUAACACAUGUAUAAUGUUAAUAGGUAUAUCAUUUGUUCUUAAUUGUAACCUUUUUCUUUGGUAAUUGUAAUGUAUUUGGCUUUCCUUUUCUCUACAAAGAGACACAAAGAAGACAAAAAAGGGAUGUGUUUAACAUAGGUAAAUACCUACUUAUAUUAACAACACAACUUUGGAGGCACAAAAAUACAAGCCAGAUGCUUUACGUUGGAGACACACAGCAUAUGGGAAUAUAUAAUAUAUUUUAUUCAAAUAAAACACAAAUCUUCUGUGUCCUGUUUAUUGCUUUGACUACUUUGACU